AUGCAAACGACGAUCACCUCUGUAGAAGGCUCCGUGGGGACGGUCCAGACGAUCGUGAACACCGUCGUGGACGUCAGGGUCCUGUCGCCCUCCCUUUCUCAGUGGGCUGGAGCCCAUUCUACGAAUGAUGAUAGUAACGACGAUAAUGAGAGUACUUUCUCCAUUAAUACAGAUACCAGCAACGCUCAGGCCGGGUUCGCCACUGUCCUUGACCAAAGGAUAGUCUCGCGAGCCACGUUUGACGUGCAUGACUGGAGGUGGAACAAUGAUAUCCCUGGAGCUGUUCCAGAGGACGGAGGACCCACUCCUCGCGUCCGGACGCUCUCGCUCGUCCAAGGCAUCCUCAGGCCCAUCCCGCAGUCCGUCCCUGAGACGUUGCCGUCUCUAUAUGCGCCUAGUUCGGGUGCAAAUGGCGAAGAAGACGAGGACGAUAGGACGGAAGCCGAUUCUAUCUGGGCGCAUGCGCUCAACUGCGACAACUUGAUUGCCACGACGGCCUCUCAGCAGAAUCUGUUCCCUGGUGUCCCAGAUGAUGCACCUCUCAUUCAUAAUCCUCCCGAGGCGUUUGAGGAUUUCCCAGACUUGGAAAUUAUCAUCGCCAGCCUGCGCGCCUGGGACACUGAGGGCGGAGAUAAUACUCCUGUCAAUCAGCAGAAUUAA